AAAUCACACAUAUUAAUUCUUGCCUCACACUUCAUUAAUUAAUUAGAAAAUUAGAUUCCAUUUCCCCCAAGUAAUACUCUCUCCAUCUUCUCAUGUAGGUAACCCCCCACCCCACUCCUUCUGAGUUCUGACCCCAUUUUACUUCAUACAACAGAUCCACCUCUCUCUGUUCACAGCCCAUCUCUCCACUCCACCACCACUAUAAAUUAAUAGGAUUGUUUUCCAGAGAUUCAGUAUUUUUUUUCCCCAUAUCUGAAGAAUCUUGAUUUUACAGCUCAUGCCCAAUGCAUUUCUGCUCUUCUCCUUCAGUUUCUUGUUGAACAUGAAUCAGAGCAGGACCCUUCUCAUUUCAUCCAAAUUCUUGCACAUAAUCUGCCACAAACUUUAGCAUAUAUUGCAAAUCGAGGAAUCUUGAGAUCUGUGCUGGUUCUUCACCCAGCCGACUAAAUGUACUACUCAAUGAAGCGGACUAUGCGCCCUUUUUACAGCAUUCUGCUGCUCCUGGCGGUGGCUGUUACCCUCACUAUCCGGGUCGUUCUCCAUCAAAACAGAUCUUUUCAGCUGAAAUAUGGAAGCCCAUCUCUUCAAACCCCUCAAAAACCAGUCUUUAACGCGACCCUUUUGCGAUAUGCCGCCAUUGAUAUUGGCGAGCCGGCACUGAAGCAGGAGAUUGAAGGGCUGUUGGAGGGGAAUUUCAGGAACCGGGGUCGGCAGAGGUCGUUUUUGUCUUCCGGAAAGUAUCAUAUUGAUGUGAGGCUAAGGUCGGCUAGAGGGACUCCUUUGCAGCUACGCUCGCCGGAGUUUUACCGGCUGUGGUUGAGUUUCAGGAGAUAUUUGGGUGAUUGGUCGAGGAACCGCAGGUUUUAUUCUGAUAUAAUGUCAGAUUUGGCUAAUGAGGUUAAGGUCUUGAUUGAUGAGUACAAUGGGAAAAAGGGUUCAAGAGAGAAGUACGAGAGUUGUGCGGUUGUCGGAAAUAGUGGGAUUCUGUUGAACAAGGAUUUCGGCAAGCUGAUCGAUAGCCAUGAGGCUGUGAUUCGAUUGAACAACGCUAGGAUCGCGAGUUUUGGGCGGAACGUUGGGGCGAAAACCAGUAUUUCUUUUGUUAACAGCAACAUACUCCAUUUGUGUGCUCGAAGAGAGGGUUGUUUCUGCCAUCCAUAUGGGAUGAAUGUGCCUAUAAUCAUGUACAUAUGUCAGCCAGCACAUUUCUUGGAUUACUUGGUUUGCAAUUCUUCCCAUAAGGCCCCAUUGAUAGUUACCAAUCCACGGUUUGAUGUAUUGUGUACUAGGAUUGUGAAAUACUACUCGCUGAAAAGAUUCGUGGAGCUAACAGGGAAGGACGUUGGCGAAUGGGGGACGGCUCAUGAGGGAGCCAACUUCCACUACUCAUCGGGUAUGCAGGCAGUGAUGCUUGCAUUGGGGAUUUGUGAGAAAGUCAGCAUUUUUGGAUAUGGAAAGUCUAGCUCGGCCAGGCACCAUUACCAUACGAACCAGAAAGCGGAGCUCUCAUUGCAUGAUUAUGAGGCGGAAUAUGAGUUCUACCGGGACUUGAUGGAACAACCACAGGCAAUACCCUUCAUCUCAGACAAGUUCAUGAUCCCUCCUAUUGUAAUGUAUCAUUGAUAUUUUCUACUGCAGUUAACUCAUGUGAUAUAGGUUGAUUGUUUUGUUGAAUACGCGCUUAGUCAUUCAUGUCCAGUUGCAUUCUUGGUGAAAGAAUCACAAUUGAAACAAGGCCGUGUCUUUAUCACUGCCUUCGAUAGUUUGUAUGUAGCUCAAUUGUAAAGAAAAAUGCAAGUAUUCCCACUUGAUACCAUACUUCGAUUAUUUACCUUUA